AUGGCCGGGUCUCCCCGCCGCACCGCGGGCCGGCGACUGCAGCUGCCCCUGCUGUGCCUCCUCCUCCAGGGCGCCACCGCCAUCCUCUUUGCGGUAUUUGUCCGCUACAACCAUGAAACCGACGCUGCCCUCUGGCACUGGCACAACCACAGUAACGCGGACAAUGAAUUUUACUUUCGCUACCCAAGCUUCCAGGAUGUACACACCAUGAUCUUCGUGGGCUUCGGCUUCCUCAUGGUCUUCCUGCAGCGCUACGGCUUCAGCAGCGUGGGCUUCACCUUCCUCUCGGCCGCCUUUGCCCUGCAGUGGUCCACACUCGUCCAGGGGUUCUUCCACUCCUUCCACCAUGGCCACAUCUAUGUAGGCGUAGAGAGCAUGAUCAAUGCUGACUUCUGUGCUGGGGCUGUGCUCAUCUCCUUUGGUGCCAUACUGGGCAAGACUGGGCCGGCUCAGCUUCUGCUCAUGGCCCUGCUGGAGGUGGUGCUGUUUGGCCUCAACGAGUUUGUGCUCCUUAGUCUCCUCAGGGUGAAGGAUGCAGGAGGCUCCAUGACUAUUCACGCUUUUGGCGCCUACUUCGGGCUGGUCCUCUCCAGGGUCCUCUAUAGGCCCCAGCUGGAGAAGAGCAAGCAUCGCCAGGGCUCCGUCUACCAUUCGGACCUCUUUGCCAUGAUUGGGACCAUCUUCCUAUGGAUCUUCUGGCCUAGUUUCAACUCUGCACCCACUGCGCUGGGGGAUGGGCAGCAUCGGUCGGCUCUCAACACGUACUACUCCUUGACUGCCAGCACCCUCAGCACCUUCGCCUUGUCAGCCCUUGUCGGGAGGGAUGGGCGGCUGGACAUGGUCCACAUCCAGAAUGCCGCACUGGCCGGAGGGGUUGUGGUGGGGACAUCGGCUGAAAUGAUGCUGACACCCUUUGGGGCUCUGGUAGCUGGCUUCCUGGCUGGGACCGUCUCCACACUGGGGUACAAGUUCUUCACGCCCACCCUUGAGUCAAAACUCAAAGUCCAAGACACAUGCGGUGUCCACAACCUCCACGGGAUGCCUGGGGUCCUGGGAGCGCUCUUGGGGGUCCUUGUGGCUGGACUGGCCACCCAUGAAGCUUACGGAGAUGGCCUAGAGAGCGUGUUUCCACUCCUAGCCAAGGGCCAGCGCAGCGCGACGUCUCAGGCCAUGCACCAGCUCUUCGGACUGUUUGUCACACUGAUAUUUGCCUCUGUGGGUGGGAGCCUCGGAGGGCUCCUGCUGCGGCUGCCCUUCUUGGACUCCCCGCCAGACUCCCAGUGCUACGAGGACCAGGUUUACUGGGAGGUGCCUGGGGAGCAUGAGGAUUUAGCCCAGGGACCUCUGAGGGCAGAGGAACUGGAGACUCGGGCCUAACUUGCUUCCAGG